AUGGAAGCUGAAAUCCUUGAGGCCCUACGCCGGCUCUACGCCGGCGAUGCCAGUGCCAGUCAAGCUUUGGAGGCCUUCCAAUGCUCACCCAAUGCCAUGGCUGUAGCCUCGGAGUUGUUGCGCUCCUCCGCACCCGAGGUGCAAUUUUUCGCUGCUUCGACCAUCCAUCGUCUCGUUGCCCAUGCGCAGGAUAAGCAGGCUUUGAACUACGAAUGGCUUCUGCAGGAGGCACUGCGCGUAUCCCCUGCUGCCCGGCGCGAGCUUUUGGCGGCCUUGGCGACAGCUGCCGGUGCACCUCUUGCACCCAAGGCGCUGUCCUUCCUCAGCCAAGAAGCCACUUGGUCCAUUGGAGUCGAGCUUCUUCUUGCUUUGCCUCCACCUUGGCCCCAGUUGAGCGGAGUCUGCGCCCAGCUCUCUCCGUGGUUUGGUCGUGGCCACGACGAGAGACUCCUCCUGUGCGCGCUCAGGUUCCCUGAUGGUAUCGCUGAUACUCCCGUGUCACAGCAUUUGGAAUCUGCGGUGUCCGCUGGGAAGAUCUUCGAGAUCCCGGAGGCAGCGAGCCUCCCUGGGCCUUUGUGCCAGUGUCUGUUCCGCGCGGCCCUUGCUGCCUUGUCAAGGGGACAUCUGGAUGCCGCAGCGAGCGUGCUCUCAGACCUGCCCCCAUGCGGCCUCGACCUUCUGGAACCUGCUGAGUUCCUCCUCAAGGCGCCUGUGGUCUCAACACGGCUUGCCGGAGUAGAACUUUGGUCGCGCUUGGUUCAGCAGCUGGGCGAGACCAAGGAUCCUCGAUUUGACAUGGCCUUCGCCCGGUUUCGGGAAUGCUUCUUCCCAGCAGCGGAGUGGGUCGACGGAGAGGAUCCGGAGCCCCUCCGCGAGGCACUAUGGUCCCUGGUCGUGGCCUGGCAGCUGGCUUCACCAAAGCGUGUAACUUUGGUGGAGCCGGCGUUUGAAGAGUUGGGCAGGGUUCUGACAACCGGUGGCUGCUGGCAGCGCGCUGAAGCUGCCCUGUGGCUCCUGGCCAAGUAUGCCAAGGGUGGGAAGAAGGAGGAGGUUCAGAAGGCCUCCCAAGCACCACUCCUCAUCUUCACGAAGCUGCAAAACUUGCACGAAUCUGUCUUGCUUCCCUUGGAGCCACUGGUCGGGUGCGUUUUGUAUCGGCAGGCCCAAUGA